GGGAGGGGGUUCUUCUUUGACCAACAGCAACAGCAGAAGCAACAACACACCUCAUCCUUCUGAUUGGGAGAGAGGGAGAGAGAGAGAAGGAGAGGGAAUGAAGUCCAGGUGGGAGUGAACCCCCCCCCCUCCACACACCACCCCCCCGACUCACGACCAACCAACAGGGGCAGGAGAAGGGAGCGAGAGACACAACAAUGUACCGUGACCCCCUCCCUACCAGUGACCUGCGACAAGCCGACUCCCCUACAGAGACGUUUUAUCCGUUGCCUUUGACCUCUGGGAGGUUCACAGAAGAGAUCCUGCCAAUUCUUCAGCGGGCGUAUUUAAAGCCUUCGUCGCAGGGUUGCUUUCGCUACCGACAAGUGAUUAUCGUGAAGAACAAGGAGCGAUUAGACCAGUAUAAUGCCCGCCGACUGGACAUGGAGAAGAAGGGAUACAGCCAAGAGGAACUGGCGGAAUCCUUUGCUUUUGUACCGUUUCAAGGAGAAGAUCAGGCAAAAGUAGUCUGUCAGGAAGGACUGGGUGUUGGACACAGCGCGAUCACGACCCUGGGAGAUCCGACGAAGGGAGUGUAUCUAUGCCGAUAUUCCGAUUUCCUUCACCCCGCGCCGUGGCUUCACAAGGAAUCUGGCUGCCUUGUCAUAUUUAAAGUCAUUCAGGGUCGCGUGAAGUCGGUGGCCGAGAACUACACGGAUGAUUUCACCAGCCCCUCCCCCGGCUACGAUUGCCACGUCUCCCCAAACCUCCGCAAUGACGUCUCCUGCGCCACCGCCAGCCGCUUCGAAUUGACGCAGUAUUACGUCUACGAAUUCGGGCAGAGCGACGGAUUCCUUCGUUGUCCGAGACAGUUAUGCCCUUACGCGCUCGUGGAAUUCCAGUACUGCGGAGGCGCACGAGCCAUGCGGGAGUCAGUCGACGAGGAGAUAUUAGUUUCCGAAAUUCACGCAGAGCAGAAUUACUACCCUUGGAGGGGGCAGCUUAUCAACAACAACACGGCCAUCAAUGUAGCUCUGAAGUCACAGGUUGGCGGGGCACUGAUGCCAAUUGUUUUGCCGUCGAAGCUGGAGGUCAAAUGGGUCAUGAACGUUUGCGAUCUGAAGACCAGGCUUCCCCCAGCCGUUUUUGAUAAAGAAAGUUAUGAUCUGCAGGAAGUUUGCCUGGAGGGCCUGUACUGCAGCUUUUACGAGCUGGUGGAAGUCUCGCAGGACGAGGCACUUCAACUGAGCCCUUUAUUGGACCGGCUGAAGGAAAGGAAUCUGGCAGUCGUAAAAUUCUUAAAGGAUCAAGGGUUGCUCGUCCUGUUCGGUGGUCCCGUUUGCUGCAACACCGAAGAAAACACAGAGAACGUCCCCAAAACCGUGCAAGCCGUGUUCAUCUUCAAAAGUUCCAGGAUCGCUCACCUGAGCUCCAGAGCCCAAGCACCUGCCGCGCCAAUGCCGGUCCCCAACCCGCAAGAAGAUCCUCACGUGGAAGGUGCUUUCCAAAUGCUAUUGUACCAGAGAGAAUGCCAACGGGUGGAGCUGCUGCCUGGAGUCGACCUGGGCGAGCCCCCUGGUGCCCACCAUCCAGGACGCAGACGACGGGGCUCGGAUCACGGCGGCCUGCGCAGACCGCUACACGGAGCUGGCUCGCUGCGUCUCGGCAGGGAGCGGGGGAGCGGGGGGCCUGCCCCAGCUCCCGCCCGCCCCCACGGCCCCCGGGAACAGCCCGCCUCCUCUUCCUCCUCUUCCUCCUCCCCCCUCCCUGGCCCGGCUCCGCCUGUACCUGGCCCGGCCCGAGGGCUACGCCCUGCCGGUGUCCAGGGCCUUCGGGCUCUUCAUCUCCAGCAGCAGCCCCGACCAGCGGUCCCUGCCUCUCUACGAGACCUUCUGCUACUCCCUGAUCCGGGGGGUCACGCCCCCCCUCCUGGACGCUCCCCCCGACGUCGCCCCCGCCCCCCGCCUCGAGACCGCGGGCGGCCCCCCGGCCGGGAACGAGCCCGGGGGCGGGAGAGGGAGGCGGAGCCCGAGAUGCCGGGCAUCGAGAGGGAGCUCCCGGCCGAGCCGGGGAGGGAGCCCCGAGGCCCGGGGAGAGAGGCGGCGCCCCGGGCGCUGGUGAGGCCGCUGGAGGAGGAAGAGGAGGAGAGGGAGCCUCCGAUCCUGGAGAGAGCUGUAGAGCCCCAGGCCCUGGUCGUGGAGAGGGCCUCCCAGACGGUCGUCGAGAAGAUCGAGCCCCAGGCGUUCAAUGGGGAGACGGAGCCCUCCGCCCCCCCUCCGCCGCCGCAGGGGGCCUCGGACCCCCAGGCAACGCAGGGCGAACCCGCGCCGACCCCCGACGCCAACUGGAACAGGGAGUGGGAGUGGGGGUGGGAGAGCGAGUUCGAGCCGCGGGCGGGGGGCCACGGGUGGGUUUCCCGAUUGCGGGAGAGAGGGCAGCAGGCGGGGGAGGGGCAGGGGCAGGGGGUUGCCAAGAAUAGGCGAGGGGGUCCCCGGGGGAAAGCUAAGGUGGUCCCGACCUCGCCCGACAAGGGCGGGGUUCCGAAGGUGAGGCAGCGGAGGCUGAAAGCGGGGGAGCGGAGGGGGCGGAAGCCGGAGCCGGAACCCAGCGCCGCGGGGACGGAGAACCGGCAGGGAACCACGGUCCAGCUCCAGGCCUACGGCAGCGGGAAGGCGGAGGAUGGGGGACGCUGGGGAGGCAAAAGACUCGACGAGGAGGAGGAAGAGGAGGAGGAGGAGGAGAUGGUGGUGGAGGAAGAGGAGGAGGAGGAGGAGGGGCGGGGAAUGGGAGGAGGUGGUCCCGGAAGUCCGGCCCGCUCCGCAUUGCGAGCCGCCGCCAGCAGCUACGGGAGGAAGAGACCGUCGCCGGGGGCCGGGAGGGCGGAGGGGGAUGUUCCGGAAGACCUCGGCCCGGCUCCUCAGGGCAAAAGGCCCGUCAAGCUCAGAGCCCCCAAAAGAAUGGGCCGCCCUCCCAAGUGCCUUCAGGUUGUCCUGCCGCCCCCUCCCCCUCCCCCGCAGGACUCCCAGUACCCCAAGACCUCCCGCAUCGGCAGGCUCCUCAAGAGGCCCCAGCCGGUCCAAGCCCCGAGCGCCCCCCAAGACCCCGGCCGAGGCCAGAGGACCUCCCGGAACGGCCGCCCCUCAAGAAAACCCAAGAUGCGCCCGGGCGGGGGUUCGGCCCGAGCCGGCAAAGCCCCGAAAAACGCCCGAGCCCCGAGGAAGGCGUCGGCGGACGGCAAGACCAGCAGGUUGACGGAGGAAAGCGGAGGAGAGAGCGCGCGCAAGCCCAGGCGCGGUGGUCCGACGACAGAGGCCGGGAGUGGAAACGCUCCCAGCGAUGCCGAGACCUCCGACGCGGAGCCGGACCCCGGAACACCGCCCGGAGAGCUCCGCACCGUCUCGCCGCAGGGAAGCACGGAUGCCCUGAAGAUCCUGGCCCAGAUCUGCAGCUCGGCCUUGCCCUGCGCCCUGGCCACCCUGGCCAGCCUGGCCCAGCCGGGCGGGGGUGGGGGCGGGGGCGGCCCAGAGGCCGACCAGGAAGCCGGGAGCGGUGACCCCCUGGAGGCCGGGAGCCAAACCCCCCCCGCGCCGGGGCCGGGGACGGUGACGCUGAUGGUGAUGGCUUCGCGGGAGCGCGAGGGCCAGCCCCGCUUCUCCCCCUACGACCCCGAGGUGCACAGCGCCCGGACGGCGGGCAGCUACCCCACCCACCGCAAGCUGGGCUCCCUGCUGCUGGCCGCCACGGAGUGGGCGGGGGAGCCGGCAGCGGCCCCCAGCGUCCCCCAGAGGGCCCGCUCCCCGCAGGCCCGCCCGCCGGCCAAGGUCCGGCCCCUGGAGGGGCACCCGCCCUGCUUUGUCCACAAGGAUCACUCGUACUCCCAGCCCCGGUGGUCCGAAGAGCCCCCCUCCUCGCCCCCCGGGCCGGCAGCGGAGCCGGAGCAGGAGCCCCCCGCCGGUGGCCAGGCCGGGGGCGCCUCCCGGGACGAGGAGCGCAGCUACGAGGAGGGGACCCUGGUCGGGAGAGUGAGGCCCUUCAGGCGGGAAGAGGCGGGCAUUAGCCCGCUCGCCCCGGAGAAAGAGCUGCCGGAGGCCGGGAAGGACUACGGGCGCCUGCCCGAGCCGGAGCUGGAGCCGGAGGAGGGCUCGGAGGAGUGCUGCGGGCGCGGGGAGGAGGAGGGGUGUCACCGGGUGUACGAGGAGGAGGGGUCCCUGAGGGUGACGUUCGAGUGGAAGGGGCCGUACCUCUCGCAGUGGGACAGCAAGUACACCAACGACCCUCUGGAGAAGUCCGUGAUUCGCGCUCUGCACGGACCCUGGGACCCGACCAUUCAGGAGACCAUGAAGGAAGUGAAGCUUAUCCUGCACAUGUGGGUGGGUCUUUUCUACGCCAGUUCCAGCGCCGUGACCCACAGCUCCAUCAGGGAGGUCCGGGAACGGAUGGAAUCGGAGAUCUCCGGCGAUCUGGCGCACGGCUCCCCGGUCCCGGUGAACAGCGAAAUCCCCUCGGGGCCGGUCACCCCGCUUCCCAGGCAAACGGCGGGAGGGGCCAUCAAGUCGUCCGUGAUCAAAAGGAUCCAGAGGAACUCCAACCUGGUCACCUCGUACGACGAGAGCGAGCUGGAAUCUUCUUGCGCCGGAGCCCACCAGCCACCGGCGGGACCCCCAGCGGUCCCCGACCCCGAUCCCCGCUGUGAUUACCCGACGUACCUGGAGGCUCGGCGGGCUGCAGCCUGGCUUCCGGCGCCCGGAGACGCCACGAUCGACGCGCAGCCUCAGCGGGAGCAAGAGUCCUCCGACGGCGGAGAAGAGAGUGAGGGUCGGGGGAUCUCCGAGGAACUGGAGCUGAACCACCGCUUCCCUGCGGACCCAGGUGGAGGAGCGAGGCUGAACAACGCGUGGCAACUCGACGACGGCCACGACACCAAUCCCGGGCACGUUUCGGAGAGGCAGACCAACUCGGUCAUAAAACCGACGGAGAUUAUUCAGCAGCAGCGACAGUUUACAGAAAUCAUGCAGAUCCAUGAGGACGCCAGCCCGGAAGAUGAUUACAGCAGCGAAGAGCUCCCGUGUGUCGAGACGAAGGACCGGUCCCCCCCCACCAGCCUGUGCUCGCCCAGAAGCGGCGGAGAGGCCGAGGGCGCCGGGGAGCCCCCCCAGGCCGGAGUGGCCCGCCAGUCGUCCGUCAUCCAAGGCGGGUACGUGGCGCAGCUCAGGAAGCAGCCGUCGUCCGGGGGCGAGGAGGAGGUGCUGAGGAUGAGCGACGUGCUGGCCCUGCGAGGUGGGGGGGGCCGGGCGGAGGGGGGGCCCGGCCCGAGGCAGCGGCACCCCGAGUGCCCGGAGACGGUGGCCAGGGGGCCCCCCGGGGGCAGCCCGGCCGGGCAGGUCUACUCUCACGCCGGGACCUUCUCCCUGGCCGCGGCCUUCGCCCUGGCGGACCCCCUCCCGCCCGGCCAGGCGGAACGGCCGGAGAGGGACCCCGGGGGGGGCGGGGACGAGCUGCCACCUCCGACGCCGAGGGCCGGGGCCGACUCGAAGAGCGAUGGGGAGAUCACGAGCGACUCCGACGACGACGAGCGGGGCGCGACCCCUGCUGGCCCCCACCCCGGCCCAGAGGCCCCCCCCGGGAACAUCGGGCGGGGGAACAGGCUGGGGCGCCGCUCCGCGGGCUGCGGCCGGGGGUUUUCCGAGGCCUUCGCCGCCGCCUUGGCCCCCGACCCCUUCUCCAACUCCGAGGGGCACUGGAUGGACGGCGGGGGCUGGGGCUGGGCAUCACUCCCGCUCCGCGGUGGGGAGUGGGCGCCUGCUCUCGCCCGCGAAGCCGCCUGGCGAGACGGGAGGGCCAUGGCCUGGGCGGAGGCCGCGUGGGAGGAGGAGGAGGCGAGACGCCAGAGGGAGACGUGGUGGAGGGAGGCCGGUGGCUGGCGGAGGAGGAGGCGGAAGAGGAGGAGGAGGAGUGGGGGGACGCAGGCGGAGCCCGGCUAUUCGUCCGGCGAUACCCCGGGGGAGGGCUCGCUCCCGAGCAGCUCGGCCCCGGAGGACGGGCCCGACGAGGAGAAGGAGCGCGAGCGGGCCAGGCCCUCGGUGGUGAGGGUCACCGACCUGCUGGGCCGGUCGCUGCCGUACCUGAGCCUCUCAGGCCCGGGGCACGGGCUGGGCGGGGCCCCGAAGCCCCGGGUUUACCGCAUGGCGUCCCAGAUGUUCCGCGAGCGGCAGAGGGCGGACUGUACCCCUCGCCUCCGCUCGGAGUGUUUCGGGGGAACUCAGCAACAGCUCAACAGCCUGGUCAACAGGUCCACCGGGAUCCUGCCCUCCUCCUGCAGGAACGAGGGCAGGAGGGCGCCCAAGGGAAGGACGCGCGGGCAGAAGGAUCCCGAGGGCAGAGGGUCCCCAGGCAGGAGAGCGCCCCCGAAAAGGCGGAGGCUGGCCCGUCGGGCCUCCGGGGAGGCGGUGGAUCCUGGCGGGUGCCCGGAAUACCAGGGCCCCGCCCGGGGUCCGUCCCGGCCCCCCGGAGACCUGCCGGGCGGGGGGGGCCGCAAGGAGCGAGCAGGCUGCUUUCCCCCGGGCGAGGGCGAGGCUGGGGGCGAGGACGAGGGCUGGACAGGCCGAGGCCUGGUUGCGCCGGCGCCGACUGGGACUCAGGACCACGACUUGCACCGAAACCUGAACGAAGCCGAGAUGGACGACAUGUGGAGAGGCACCUACAGGUACUACGUGGUCGAGACCAACACCGAGCAGUUCUUCGAGGAAUUGAAGAACUUGCUGAAGAAGGAAAGCCACGUGGAAAUUGGGGCUUCGGAUCUCUCUUCGAUACAGCUUCAUCCUCCCGAGAAAUGUUUUGUCAUCAUUAGAAAAGACGACGUAUGGAACCAUCUCCAUCAGAUUCCACAUCUAACACUAUUGAAGCGAACGAGAGGUGUGCAUUUUGCUGGGGUGGACAGUCCAGAGGACAUGGAAGAUCACACGUUCCAGGAGCUGUUGUGUUCAGGGGGCUUUGUGGUCUCCGAUUGGGCCGUGCUGGAGUCGGCGACUGUAGAAUAUUUGCAACAGAUUUCAGACGUCCUAAUGGAGCUCAAUGAAGAGAGCGAGUGGAAGUGGAUGCUUCACAUGAAAGAGCUCAAGCAGCUGAAGGAGAAAGUGAGGGAUGAGGAUGUGGCCACAAGGAAGAAUUCGCUGCUGACGUCAAUGAUGGCAGCAAAAGUGGUGGAAGUUCUUCCUUUCCACGAGUGUGACUCCAGGCUACAAGAGAAGCCCGACUACCUCAACUGUCUCAUAAAGCUACAAGUCCAGAAAAUUGCUUCCAGGUUUGCUGUGUUUCUCACAGGUAAGCCUGAGGAGCAUCGAGACACUUUCAUGCAGAAUGGCAUCCUCGUGACAGAUGCAAAUAGUUUCGUCAAAGAUUUCAAUGCGUGGAGCACCCCUUCGCCAAGUAACAGCACCACGGAAAACGGUCUGAGCUGAGAGGCAGAUGACGAUGACCUGUAUCCCUCUCGACAGUAUUCCUGAAACGCAGUGAAGAGACCAGCUCCACAAAGGUGACAGCUUUCCAUUUCACCCGGUGUCUCCCUCCCUCGCUCGCCCCCACGACCAACUAAAGUUAAGGAAUUUAAUGUUCGCAUUGUGUUACCGAUUUGAGUUUCAAAUGUUACCACGUUUCCACCAAUCGAUCAGUUUUAUUGGUCUUUCGGCAUGGUAGAUGCUGUGUUUGCCGACAUUAACUUCCCACCCCAGUUUUGUUAUCAAUGAAAUAUUGUAUUUUUCUAUUUAUUUGUAAACGUUUAGAUAUUUUAUUGGUGUCAAAUGAAGACGAUUCCUGUAUUUUAAUAGGGACAUUCCAUUUUACACAUAUUUUAAUAAAAAGCACAAUUUGGCAACAA